GACACGGCGUCCGACACGCCACGUGGUGUGUCCGAAAAGUCAAACUUUUUCGACACGGUUGCGACACGUUGACCAUUUCUCGACACGGCGUCGACACGGUUUCGACACGCCACAUCACCAUUUAAAAAAAAAAUUUGAACUGACCUAACACAGAGAGCUAGAGGGAGCCGCACUUCUCUCAUUCUUCCCAUUCUUCCCAAAUAGUUCCCAGAGUGAGAAAAGUUGAACCCAGCGACCACAAGCCGAACCCAGCCUCCAGCUCCGACCGACGACCUCAGACCGGCGACCUCUCCAGCCUCCGACCUCAUAUCUGAUGAGUACUUCUACUUCAGCAGCAUCUACAGAACCUAGUGUCGAUUCAAAUGUGGAGGAAAAUUUAUCUGCGCCACUUUGGAAAUAUGUCACUAAGGAUAUAGUUGUUGAUGUCGACGGUGUUGCAAGAGCAGGAGGAGGAAAUGUGAGUUUCACUUGUAGUUUCUGCGAAAUGAGAUUCAAUGGGUCACAUUCUAGAGUCGAGGCUCAUUUGCUUAAAAUCCCAAGAAAAGGGAUCAAGCCUUGCACCAAAGUCACACAAGCAAAAAUGCAAGAGAUGCAACAACUUCUUGAUUGGUGUGCGCAGCAAUUGCGAGAGAGGGCUCCUAAUAAGGUUCCUUUGCCUCCCUCUUCUAGUUUUUCCGGAAGUGGUUCAAGCUAUUUUCCAUUGAUGGAGAGGGAUGAUGAAGCAAAAAAGAGAAGAGUGAGUCCACAACUAGCCAAAGCUUUCAAGAUUGAAGAUAGGCAACAAUGUGAUGCUGAGAUUGCGAGAUUGUUUUACAGUAGUGGACUAUCGUUCAAUGUUGCAAGGAAUCCUCUCUACCGAAGCUCUUACACCCGUGCUAGCAAUAUUCCGGGUUAUGUUCCUCCAGGGUACAAUGCUUUGAGGACCACACUACUUGAUAAUGAGAGGCGUCAUGUUGAGCGGACAUUGGAACCUGUGAAGAAGACAUGGAAAGAGACCGGUGUGAGCUUGUGUUCCGAUGGGUGGACUGAUGGCCAAAAGAGGCCAUUAAUCAAUAUGAUGGCUGCUGCUACAAACAAGGCUAUGAUGUUGAGAGCGGUCAAUUGUGAUGGCACGACCAAAGACAAAACUGAAAUUUCAAAAUUGCUUUUGGCAUCCAUCAAUGAGAUUGGUUCGGAAAAUGUGGUUCAAGUGGUGACGGAUAAUGCGCCUGUUUGUGCUGCUGCCGGUGCAAUGGUUGAAGAGGCACAUCCACACAUAUUUUGGACACCAUGUGUGGUACAUACACUCAAUCUUGUUUUGAAAGAUACUUUGAAAGCUAAAGCUUAUCUACCCGGGGAGAAUGUGGAAAAAGAGUUGGGGUGGCUUAUGGAUGUUUGCAAUGAUGUUUGGUUCAUAAAGAAUUUUAUCGUGAACCAUAACAUGCGUUUGUCCAUGUAUAAUGAUAAUUGUGCCUUGAAGUUGCUCCAAGUUGCGGAGACAAGAUUUGCUUCUCAUUAUGUGAUGCUUAAAAGGUUUAGAGAUGUGAAGAAUGGCAUGCAACAAAUGGUGAUUAGUCCAAGAUGGACAUGUAUAGAGAAGAUGAUGUUAAGAAGGCAAGAGCGGUGA